UUCUCCCUCUGACCCUUGAAUGGUAGCCAUUCUCUGGAAGAGAGGGAACUUGGGUACGCUCCCCAUCCCCACAAGGGAAGGCGCCGCCACCACCACAGGCCACCCCUUGCCCGAGGCCGGUCACGUGAGGGCGCUGCCCCUCCCGCUCUACUCCCCCCUUGCCACUACAGCAUUUUCGCAAUUGUUGCCCCCUCCCCCCGCACGUCUUCUGCCAAAGCGCCUCAGCCAAUGAGCGUCCCGUUCUGAGAAGCCACGUCCUUCGCUUCGGGUGGGAGCGGGAGAGGGCAGCAGCGCUGCGGUCGGGCGCCCGGGCGACCCUCCUUCGGUUGCAGCCAGCCUUUUAAAGCGGUCCUUCCGGCCUUACCCGCCUCCCAGUCCUCGCGCCCCGCUCGCUUCCAUUCCCCGGCCAGAGCGAGGCGAGCAGCAGCCGCCCAUGUGCCCUUCGGCCACCCUUUACUCUGGAUGGAGCCCGAGGCAGCCUUCGGAGGAGCCCGGAGGAGCCUGGACGAGGCGCCCGGCAAAAAUCUGGAUGGUCUGCUGAGCUUGCCUCCCUUCCCGGCCGGCGGUCCCUGCAGGGCAUCCAGCCCUCCAGCGCACGGCCCCUCCGGUUACGUGCCCCUGGAUGCGCCCCUGCCUCCCCUUGGCUCCGGGGAGUCUUCUUUGCACUCCAAACAGUGCACCCCUUGUCCGGCUGUCUCACAGACGCCCUCAGCCAGCAGUACUUCGCCCUUCCCUUACGGCUGUUUAGGUGGCGGCUGCUAUUCGUACCGAGUGGCCCGCAGUGCCCUUAAGCCGUGCCCGGCUCCGCCGCAGGCCGCCUACACAGCCGAGAAGUACUUGGAGGUUUGCGGGGCUGCCGCCAGCGCGCCCGCCGCCCCAGAGGAUUAUACGACCCGCCCGGCUGAGUUCGCUUUCUACCCGGGCUACGCUGGACCUUAUCAGUCCAUGACCAGCUACCUGGACGUUUCUGUGGUUCAGACUCUCGGAGGACCUCCGGGCGACCCCAGGCACGAAACUCUCCUGCCCGUCGAUCCUUACCACGACUCCUGGGCCUUGGCCGGGGGCUGGAACAACCAAGUGUGUUGCCCCAAGGAGCCCAACCCUCCUGGGCCCUUUUGGAAAACUGCCUUUACAGACGCUGUAAGUCAAUCGCCCCCCGAGGGCUGUACCUUCCGACGCGGCCGCAAGAAGCGAAUACCGUACAGCAAAGGGCAGUUGAAAGAGCUGGAGAAGGAAUAUUCCAACAGCAAGUUCAUCACCAAGGACAAGAGGAGGAAGAUUUCCGCCGCCACUAACCUUACCGAGAGACAGAUCACUAUCUGGUUUCAGAACCGGAGGGUGAAAGAGAAGAAGGUGGUGGCCAAGGUCAAAAGCGCCACUGCCAGCAGCAGCAGCAGCGGUAGUAGUGUAGGCGGUGGCGACGUCUCUUGAGACUCGCGCGAAGGGAGGAAGGUGGCCUGGAGGGAACAGGCAAAGAAAACAAAAACAAAAAAUAAAACAGGGGGCGCAAGAAACUCCCGCGGGGUCGCCCACGUGACGCCUGCAAAGGCUCCUGCCCUCCGAGGCCUUCUGCUAGGAGGGCGACGGCCCUAUCGAGGGCGUCCGUUGAUCUCUCGUCACCUUUUAAAUUUGUUCUUAAUAAUAUAUUUUUAAUUAUUAUCAUAAUUAUUGCUGCUUUGUUUCCCCCGAGAAAUUAAAACUCACUGUGGGAACAGCCGAUGAUUUAAAAACAAAAACCAAAACCCGAAGCGAUACCAUCCUCGUUCUUUUCCCGAUUUUAUAAGAAAGGGAGGAGGAAGAGGAGAAGACACCUUGUGCAAUUAUUUUUCCUUUCUUUUCCUUGAAAUGAAGGUGCCUUAGGGCUUUUAUUCUGUGACCUUGCUUUCUUUGUCUGAAAUUCAGUCAUUCAGAGCUGCUUUAAGGGGUAAGGGGUGGGGAAGAAGAGAAAAGCCACCCAAGAAGAAGAAAAAUCGCCUAGAAUCGACCCGAAUGUAAACAGAUUAUGCUAAGUAUAUAUAUAUUCUGUCCCCAACACAGAAUAUACUUAGCAUAUUCUGUGUUGGGGAGAAGACUUUUACAUAUGUCAGAUAAUUGCCUAUACUAUAAAAUUACCAUUAUAUAUUUUAUUUUAAGACUUCGCGCUGCAUAUGAGGGCUGACCACCGCCUGAAGCUUUUGUUCUUGUUGAUGAUGAUUCAUACAGUAUUUGCAUACUACCAAAAACUAAUUAAAAGUGCCUUUGAAGACACUGAAAAAAAGCCGUGGGGGAAUUUACAAUGUAAUAAACACAAGUUAUUGCAUACCGAGGGAAAAGCCA